AUGGCAGCCAUCGUCCUUGCAAAUCUUCACGCGACUGCACUUACAUCACGCAGUCACAACCCGUUCUUUCGGCGGGAACAACUCAAGUCGUUACAUGACACCCUACGCAGAGAGAUAAACUCGAUACGGAAAGCUCUACAACAAGAUCAAAAUGUUACAGAUGCUGAAGCUAGCAUCGAAGUUGCGACUGCGCUCAGACAUCUUACAGAGCAUUAUUCUCAGAUCAACCCGAAAGCAGAGCUAGAAAGUGAAUACAGGACAACGAAAGGGAGGGAUGCGGCGGAAAGAACAGAACCAUGGGGCGUGGUAUACAUUGAACCGAACCUGGGACACACGCCUUUCCUGAGUGUGAUCGAACCGCUUGGCGCGGCGAUGGCAGCAGGCAACUGCGUUGCUUUGAAGCUGGAGAAUACUCCUCGCGCUCUGCCUUCCCUACUUCGCUCGCUCCUUCUCAAAGCGCUUCAACCUGACGUUUUCCACAUCGUUGUAACUUCACCAUCGGAGGAAGCAGCGUCUAAUCUACUGUUAGUUUUACAAGACACACGCGUAGAAAGGCCAAAAUAUGCCCAGCUCGUUUCGUCGUGUGGCAAGGUCAUUGCUGUGGUCGAUCGAACGGCAGACCUCUCCGCAGCGGCGGAAGCAGUGGUAGCCGCCCGCUUCAGCUUCGGCGGCACCUCUCCUUAUGCGCCCGAUAUGAUCUUUGUCAACGAAUUUGUCAAGGAAGAUUUCGUUGAGCAGGUGCUGAGACAUGCCAUCCGCUACCUUGCAACCACCGCUCCUAACGGCACGCUGAGUUCGACUUCGCAACCGAAGAAACGAAAUGCCAGAGAUGCCUUGGCUACACUCGCAGAAAGUAAAGACUGGUAUACGAACAUCAUAACGCAAGGUUCUACAGGCGCCAUCGUCGAGCUCUCGAACAGACACACGACGCAUGUUCCUCUGCCGCCCAAAUCUAGCGCACCAGUACUGGCAAUAUCAGCAAUUUCAUCCUUGGACCACGCCAUUGACCUGAUAACCAAUGACUCGAACGACCGACUAAGCGCUGCAUACCACUUCGCCGCUCCUGCGCACACGAAGUACCUCUCUCAAUUUAUCCGCUCCGAAGUCACAUUCUUGAAUCACAUUCCUUCAUCACUUCUCCUUGGACCUGGAGCACCACUCUCUUACAAAGUCGACAUAGAGAACAGGUACCGGAGGGAGCACUUCCUUAUAGCAUCACCUGUGCUUGUAAAACCUUCAGGUACCAAAAUACUGGUGGAAACUACUGGAAAGUACGCAGAGAAGUUGUUGGAGGACGCUGCGAAGGAGAUUAAGGAGCCGAAGCGGGCUGAGUGGAUAGCCAUUGGCUUCUUCGAACAGGGUAUCUUGAUUGGGCUGGGUGUGUAUGGGAUCCCGUUGCUUACUUGUGUUGGUGCUUCGUUGUUCUUUGGUAUUAGAGCCGGGUUGAGGAGGUUUGCAGUGAUAUGA